AUGCCAGAGGGAUCCCACCGCCAUGACGCGCUGUGCUCCCAGAAUGUGGGCAACAGCCUGGGCUCCCGCCCCUGCGUGCGGCAGACGGCGCUCUACAAGCAGCAUGAAAGUGGAAAUGCAAUGAAGGCCCUCCUGGGCACCCCGCACCUUUCGUGGGAUCCUGCAGGGUGCCGACGGGCCGAGGGCCAGAAGCCAGUUGGAGAUCGACGCAGAAGGUUUCUUCCCCGCCGCGAGGAAGACAGGUGGGACAAGGUGACAUCUUCGAACACCCGAAAGACGGCCGCAGGAAAGGUCAAGGAGGUCGCCUCCGGACCUUUGUGCCCCACUGGUUUCGAGGAGUCUGAUGAUGCUAAAGUGCCGUCACGACGCCCCGCAGUACAGCGUUCGGCCAUCAAUGCAGCUGGGAGGAUCGUCACGCGGGCUGGCGAGAAGGCCGCAGCCGCCCGUGGAGCUAACCAUGGGAACGGCUCAGUGGCAGAAUGUUUGACGAUGCAGGACUUCGGCCCUGCUUCGGCCCUGCGAAUACUUGCUGCCUGCAGGGUGAAGGUGCACGAUGAUGCACGUGCAUUCGCAGCUUCCUGCCAUGUCAAGAUUGAGUGGCCUUGCUCGGAGGCCGCUGUAGGCAUUUUGGGGAUUCUGCUCUUUACAAAGUCUACGGGGCACUUCAAUCUUGGAGACUUGGACUUGAAGGAUGAGGUGCUGGACCUGUGCUUGGAGUUCCUGCGGCUGCCUGCAGGAUCCGGUCCUGCAGACUCAUUGGAGGAAACACUUACAACAUGUUCAAGAGCCAUGCUGGGCAUGGCCAGGACUGCCAAAGUCGCGCUUGCUCGCUCAGAGCCGGGGAGCAACGCGACAUGUUCAACUGCGUCUGUGAUCGCGCGGUAUCCAUCGAUUAUUGACGAGGAGAGGUUUGAGCAGAUCCGGACUCGUCAAGUCUGGCAAGCCAUUCGGGCACCGCUGGAGAGCUUCAGGCUGCUGAAGUCCCUGGCAAACCACACGGCCCAGUGCAAGAGGCUCGGCCGCUGUGCAGUCUUCAACUUCUGGGAGCCUGGGGCAUGCUACGAGCAUCAUCCACUCAUCCGGUCUUUCUCCCCCUCCUGCUCCAGUGCUCCACCGGCACUUGGACCACGGAGGCUGACACGUCCGGCAAAGGGAAGGUCGACGGAUUGGCUGGGCAACCACGACUGGUGCCAUGACGGCCCGCAAGCGCAGCUGGAGCUAACACGCGUUUUGGAGUGCCGUGGCUUGAUCUGGGGCCCGCUGCCGGGCGAGGACUACUUCGAGACCAUCUCACUUCUGCAAGCUGUGACGUCGGCUUCUGAUUCGAUGGUCCUUGUGGAGGUGGGCUCGAACACCGGUUACUGGAGCUUGAAGGGCGCCAAGGCCUUCAGACGUCUUUUCCCGGACAGCGGCAGCUGUACCCUCGUUCUGAUUGAGUGGAUACUGCCAAUUGACCGUGCAGCUGCACACCUGAACGACAACGACAUCUACAGCCUCUGCAAUGUCAGCCUGCACCAGGCGCCAGCAACGCCCGAGCUGUUGGAUGGGCUCUUCCAAACCUUUGGGAAGAUCGACCUGGUGAAUGUGGACGUACAGAAGGUGGAGCUGUCCUUAAUCAUGGGGAGUGCCUUGCUGCUGAACGCCCGGCACCUGCAUGUUGGAACUCACUCGCGGAUCAUCCACCGCCAUCUUCUGUCCAUGCUGAAUUCCCGCGGCUUUGAGAUCGACUUCGACUACAUGCCAUUGACCUUCGUUCGGACGCCCUACGGCCCAGUCGCUUUCGAUGAU